AUGGCCCACACAUCCAUACCAAAGGUUCUUCAAGCUAACCUGAAUCGCUGCCGCGCUGCCCAGGAUCUCUUCCUACAGUCCAUGGCAGAGCGCGGUAGUGGUUUGGGUAUCGUGGCGGAACCGUACCGUGUGCCUAACAACCACCCGUGUUGGGCGUCAAGUCGGUGUGGCCUUGCUGCGGUAACGUGGAGGCAAACUGCUAGUCCCGAGCCCUGCACUAAACUAGUGGCGGGCGAGGGUUACGUUGCGGUCAAAUGGGGACAGGUUGUGGUCGUCAGUGUCUACGUCUCCCCAAAUAGGAGUGGGGCUGAGUUUCGGGACAUCCUCAACCAAAUGGAGAUGUGUCUAACUAGGUUUGGUCCCGCCCCGAUUGUCGUGGCUGGGGACCUCAAUGCUAAAUCGGCAUUGUGGGGAUCCCCGGUCACGAAUGCUCGGGGGAGGGAAAUGGAAGAAUGGAUGGCGGAGAGAAAUCUGUUUUCUCUCAACCGAGGGAACAGAUGGACGUGCGUAAGACCCAAUGGGGGAUCCAUUGUGGAUAUCACGAUGGUGAACCCGGAGGGAUUACGCCGAGCCGAGGGAUGGAGGGUGGUUGAGGAUGUGGAGACAAGGUCGGACCACGAGUAUGUGGAGUUUUCCCUCCUGGCUACCCAUCGCGAUAUCGUGGGACGUCGACGAGCAGCGCGCGAGAAAUUUCCGCGAUGGCAGUGGCGUAAAGCGGAUCGCGACCUGUUUCGUGCUGCGACGCUAACCGCUCUAUGGGAAGAGGAUGUCCUGCGGAACGCAGUGACCAGCGUGGAAGACCAGGCCGAAAGGAUCGGAGAUAUCAUGAAGCAAGCAUGCGAUGCGGCGAUGCCCCGAUCCAACCCGAUCCUAUGUAAGGGAAUGUAUUGGUGGACGGAGGAGAUUGCCGAGCUACGGCGUUCCUCCGUCCAUGCUAGAAGGGUCUAUCUUAGGGCAAGGGCCCGACAAGACCCCCUGGCAAAGGAGGAAGCUGGCGAGGGCUACCGCUCCGCCAAGCGGGCCCUCUCUAAGGCGGUAAAAGUGGCCAAGGAUCGCGCCUGGGAGGAGCUCCUCCAAACAUUGGAGGAAGACCCGUGGAGACGCCCAUACAGAAUAGUUUUGAACAAACUAAAACCUUGGGCGCCCCCCACGACAGAGUCUUUGGACCCUGAGUUCCUCGAGGAUGUUGUGGAGACUCUUUUCCCCGACGACGCAGAGGAGAGAGUCAAUGGUGCACCCGCCCCGCCUCCCGCGGAGUGGGAUGAGGAGGAAUUCGGGGUCACGAUGGAGGAGCUACAGGCUGCCGCCAGAAGGCUGAAGGCGGGUAAAGCGCCUGGGCCUGACGGCAUUCCUGGAAAGGCGUGA